CACGCUCCAACGGGACUGCACCGGACCUCUGCUCGCACGGGAACGCAAACCUCCACAAACCUCCACAAACCUCCACAAACCCUCCACCAGCCGAGCCCAAAGAGACAUGUUUAAGCUGUGAAAACCUCCACCCGAGAUGCAUCUGGACCCCGCUAAAGCCGAUGGAGAAACCGCCGGAGAAGUUAUGAUCUGCAAAUUACCUUCAGAUCUGAGCAAAGGGAUGGAUUCUAACGUGAUUUACGUGCAAAACGGCUCCAGAAAAGACGAGGAAGGGCUCUGCGGCAGCGCUAAAAACGAUGCAUUUGUGACCCGUGACCCCUGCCCCGUGGAGCGCGAUACUCCGGGGUUAAGCCAAGGAUCUGACAAAUGUGAGUGUUUUAAACCGCGUGAGCCCGGCGCUAAUCUUAGUUUAGCGUCUGCCUGUGCGACUCGCUGCGGACAACACCUCGGCGAAUCCCAGCUAUGUAAACCCGAAGAGCCGCUGUUGUCUUUCCGCGCGGAGACAAAUCAUUUGGGAACGGCGCGCGGAAAUGAGGAGCGGAAUUUCCAGGCAUUCAAAACGUCCGAGAGAGAAGAAGAAGAAGAAGAAGAAGAAGAAGAGACGCCAAAACAGAAGUUGCGAGCAGAGCAAUGUGACGGAACGGGUUUGGAGGAAUGUGCGGAGUUUUGUGAAGUAAUAAAAACUUCCAGUCAAAGCGAAGCAAGUUCAGAAGACUCGGAAGAUGAAGUUGAAUCCAGCUAUCCAGUUUUUUCCGAUGAAGACGUUUGUUUUGAAGACAGCGAUAUGACCGAUAGUGAACUGCACGAACAAUUUGAGUAUUUCGAAGAAGCCGAAGUUUCACAAGACAACGCCGAGUUACUUGACGCGUCUGAAAUAGAACAGAUUUCGACAUCUACGGAGGAAGAUCAAAAUUCCGACGACGGAACAUCAACGGAAGAUUUUGAAUUAGAAGAAAUUGAAAUAUCAAAAAUUAUAGAAGAAUUGGAAGAAAAUUGUGAAAGUUCGACGGGUUUUCAGAUGCCAGAUCAUUUGACGGAAGAAUAUUUUGAGGAAGAUUUAGAAGAUACGCCAACGGAGAAUCUCAAAAUGACGGUAACUUUUGAGGAUAAUUCCAAUUUCGACGAGCGAGAAUCUACAGAAGACGAUACCGAACAGGAUUACGCAGAAAAUACUGUAACAGAGGACAAUAAUAAUGAGCUUAGUGAUUUUUCUGAAAUGGUGGAAGAAGAACAAAUUGAAGAAUGCAAAAACUCAACCGAUACAACUUCUGCGAACGCAAUGUUUUGUUUGGAAGACGAUUUGUCGGAUUGCUCCUCCAGGUCGUUCAAAACGUGUCCGGAAGGCAGCGUUCCUUCCGCGCCGUGCUCCGAUUCUUCCGGAGUUUCCGAUAAAAGCGUACAAGAUGAUUCCAGCGACGAGCAAACGCAGUGGGAAUCGUUUGAGGACGAGGAGGAGGACGAGGAAGAAAUCGUACAGAACAACGUAAAAACCGAGCCGAAGAAAACCGUAACGGACAUCGUCAUCGAGGAUUAUUUUGAUUUUUUUGACCGUGACGAUUAUUACGGGAACUCGCAAAGGAAGCACUACAUUUCCUGUUUUGACGGCGGGGACGUUCACGACCGACUGUACUACGAACAUCUUCAGACCAAAGCGCAAAACGUCAAAAAUAAAAAUGAUUUCGAGCAAAUUCAAGAGGAAACGAAAGAGCAGGAGACAAAUUUCGAAAUUCAAGAAUAUUGUGAGGAAAAUUACGAAACAGAAGAAUCCGAUGAAAAUUUGGAAGCUGGAGAUUUUUGUGAAGAUGUUUACGAGGACGAAGAGGUCUACGCGGACAGCAGCUUUGACGAAAACGAACAAGAAAAAGCUGAUUUCUACCAAGAAUUUAUCGAAAACGCAACAAACGAGGAUGAUUCCCACUUGUACGAAGAUUAUGUCGAAGAAAAAGACUCGGAAUUCUGCGGAGACUCGAACACGGACAGCAGUUUGUUGAGUGCUCCCUGCGCAGAGGACAUUUCCGUGGAGGGCGACGCUUAUUGCGAUUCUUCGGAAGUUAGCGACUUAACGGAGUUCGAGGACGGGUUUUGCGUUGGCGAGGACGUUGCCUUGCUAGCGUGCUCCGAAAGCGAACCGUACUGCGCGCUUUUUGACGUAGAAGACGAGGAGAGGGGAGAUUUCGAGGAAGAAGUUGAGGACUACUACGCGUUUGAAAUCCAGAGCGUUCAAACGUCAUCGCAACAAGCUUUACGGGAUUUUUUGUUGGAUAUAGUACUGAAAAACGACAUUCGCGGUGCGUUUUGGACCGAAUCCGACGCGCUCGUAGAGGAUUUGGCGAUAGACUUAACGGAGCGGUUAUCCCCGUGCUCGCUCCAGGGGGCAGCGGAGGGACAGGAAGCGGACGCCACCGUAGGUUUGAUCCACAGCGUUCCGGAAAACGCGAGAACGACAGAUUCGGAGGAAAGCCGAGAUUCGGAGGAGGAAGGGAGCGAGGUGGAGUCAGAGGUGUGCGACUGCGAAUACUGUGCCCCGCCCACUGAACAGGGCCCCUGUGAGCCUCUCCUGCCCCGGCUGCACACGCCCGACUCGGGGAAGAUGUGCGCUGUCAUCGACCUGGAUGAGACUCUGGUCCACAGCUCGUUUAAGCCCAUGAACAAGGCUGAUUUUGUCAUUCCAGUGGAAAUAGAAGGAACCAUUCACCAGGUGUACGUUCUGAAGAGGCCUCACGUGGACCAGUUUCUCCAGAGGAUGGGGGAGCUGUUUGAGUGUGUGCUCUUCACCGCCAGUUUGUCCAAGUACGCAGACCCCGUGUCCGACCUCCUGGACUCCUCCGGCGCCUUCAGCUCCAGACUCUUCAGGGAGGCCUGUGUCUUUCACCGCGGAAACUACGUCAAAGAUCUGAGCCGCCUGGGACGAGACCUGAGCAGAGUCAUCAUCAUCGACAACUCGCCCGUCUCAUACAUCUUUCACCCGGACAACGCAGUUCCUGUCGCCUCCUGGUUCGACGACGUCUCAGACACUGAACUUCUCGACUUGAUCCCAUUUUUUGAGAGACUGAGUCUGGAGCAGGAGGUUUACCCCACCCUGAAAGAGCAGCGCACAGAAAACAGCCACAGCUAACAAUACAGCUCACACCACAGCUAACACCACAGACAACACCACAGCUAACAAUACAGCUAACACCACAGCUAACAAUACAGCUAACACCACAGCUAACAAUACAGCUAACACCACAGCUAACAAUACAGACAACACCACAGCUAACAAUACAGCUAACACCACAGCUAACAAUACAGCUAACACUACAGCUAACAAUACAGCUAACACCACAGCUAACACCACAGCUAACAAUACAGCUCACCCCACAGCUAACAAUAC